UCUACUAUGUAUUGGUUUCAUGUCAUCUCUCUACUAUUAAUUAAUAUCAUCAAAAAGAAAAACUUUUUCUCUCCCUUUCCCUAUCUCCUCCUGCUUCUAACCCCCCGCCGACGACCCGUUGUUUUUGAGCGGAAGCCCUUGGACUGCCGCGUUUUUGCUGCUUGAGUCGUCGGUCUCCCCGGCUGCUCAAGCAUGGUGGAGCUUUAUGCUCCCUGCUCCGAUGGCCUCUGCGGCCUGUCGGUUUGUAGCCCCUCUGAUCCGGCGGUGGUCCCCUCCAUCCGGCAGUUUCUAUCUGUGGCCGUGCACGCGGAGGAUCCCAGAUCUGGCAACCUCGCUACCCACCUGCUACCUCCAGGGAUCAGCCUCUGCCUGAUCGGGUCUCCGCAUCGGCAUCUUGGAGCCUGGCGCACCUUCCACAUGGGUAGAUUGAAGGGUGUCCUGUUUGGAUCGCUCGACCGAAGGGCCGUGUAUAGCUGGGCCCUUAGUGGUUGUUCGAGUGUCAUGUACACCUCUCUUCGGUCUCUGGAUAUGGGUCUACUCUAGUUUCUUGCUCCUAAUGUAAUUUUACUGUUUAUAUUUCUUGUAAAUGCCGUAUGGCGGUAUUUGAAAUGAAUCAAUUUCCUU